GCAAACCUUACAUUUAAGACUUUAAAAAAAAAAUGUUAUAAUUUUUUAUUUUUAUGAUAGCCAUUUUGACAUUGUGGCUGUGGUAACUAGUAACAACCUGUUCGCUCGGGCUUUUUCCGGUAUCGGGCUUUUUCCGGUAUCGGGCUCGAUUGUGUGCAUUAGGCUCCAUUUGCUAGUGCCACUCGGGCGCAGCUCGUUCGUUGACACUCAAACCCUGUUGCCAAUUUAAUCGAUUUAUUAUUAUUUUUUAAACAACUUGAUUUCUUCAGCGGCUCUCACGGAAAUAAACACCGUAUUCAGGGAUCGGACCGCGCAGGGCUGCAGUGCAGCAUUUGAAACGACCUUUAUUAAAAUCACGAAGACGGGAAGCGAUUUCCGUGGAUUUAUAAAUAUGUUGUAGAUUUUGUUUAGUUGCUAGAUAACUAGCUGACUAUCCACAAGUGUACAUGGACUAAUCAACCGUUUCUGAUUUCCUUGCUAAGUAGCACACUAACGUUUCAUUAGGCCAGGUGGUGGUUUAGUUAACCGGCUAUUGGAGAAUAACGUCGAGUUUCUAUUUUUAUAAUCAACGGUGCUGGCUAGCCCCGAAUGCUUUAUUUAUAUAUAUAUAUAUUUAACGGUAUAUACGUCGGGUCGAGCGUAGGGCUAACUUGGCCUGAAGUUGAAGUCCUCGGGUUUUUUAUUUUUUAACAACAACCCCCACCCCCCAUUAACGUUACCUGGUGAGAUUUCCGUUAAACGUUAGUUGUCAUUGAAUGGGACAAAAUCUGGCUGUAGACUUUGACACUGAUAAACUUUCACUUAGGAUGUGUGCUUCCUCAUAUGUAGCCACUACUAGCCGACGGUAAUGUGUUGUUUUUUAAACAUUUUAUUAACGCGAACUGUAGCUGUUGUUGUCUAGCUAGACAACUCCUAGCUAAUGCUGGUGGCGAGCCAUCUGAGACCUAUCUGCUAGCCGUGUUUUACCGGUAGAAAUAGUAAUACCCAGGGGGUUCAAACGGUUGAACUCUGGACCCCCCCCCCCCCCCCCCCCCCGUUUCCCUGUGUUGACAUGGGAAACAUGUACGACUGAAGGACUCAACUUGUUGAUCACACUGUGUGUGUGUCUAACACACAGAUAGCUAGUAGACGGUGUUUAUUUUAUUUUUAUUAUUUGUUUUACCACUGCUAGCUAAAUGAACACAAGAUCCUGAAACUAUAUUCGUCUUCCCUCUCGACACUUAUUUUCUACAACAUCCCUGAAAAUGUCGGCCAGGACGCCAUUGUUGGCCGUCAUUGAAAAUUCGUCAGGUGGCCAGGACACCAAGGCGGGGGGCCGUCCCAGCAUGCCGCGAUGUCGGAACUCGGUUGCCACGACGGCGGAAGAGACCCCUCACAUCGGUAACUAUCGGUUGCUGAAGACCAUUGGCAAGGGCAACUUCGCAAAAGUCAAACUGGCACGCCAUGUCCUCACCGGGAAAGAGGUGGCUGUUAAGAUUAUUGAUAAAACACAACUCAACUCUUCCAGUCUGCAGAAGCUCUUCCGAGAAGUGAGAAUCAUGAAGCUGUUGAAUCAUCCUAACAUAG